AUGCGUGCUAUUUAAUUAAUUGUAUCCAAUAUUUAUUUUAAAAGCUAUAAAUAUAUACCUGUAAUCAUUAAAAAAAAAUAAAUAGUAAUAAUACUUUUAUAUUUUCUUCAUCCAUGAUGUUAUUCUCUUUUUUCUAUCAUUGAUUUCUAUAUUUUUAGAUUUAAUAUUCAAUAAACUAAAAUAUAUUUACUAAACUUNUAUCUGUUUCACUUUAAGAUUUAAGAGGAUUUAGAACUAUUUCUACAAAUGGUAUAUCAAAUUAUAGAGAUUUUUAAAGAUUGCCAAUAACCAAAACUAAUUAUAAAAGAUAAUACUUAAAAGGAGCAUCAAAUAGAGUUAAGUCACUUAAAGAAGAAUUUAAUUUUAUUUAAUUAUGUAGUGAUAGAAAAGAUAAUGAAAAGUUAUUUAAAUAUAAUAAACAAGGUUAACUAUUAAAUUAUAGAAAUUUUCAUCUUCAAAAAUAAUACCCAUUAACAUAAAGAGAAUAAUAGAAUGAUAUAGAUAGUUUAAAUAAAAUUAAUACUGGAAAAUAGAUGUUAAAAAACUCAUCAUUAAAGUUAGUUACUGAUUCUAAUAAUUAAUUGAUUGAAUUAGUAUAUUCAGCUUAACCAGUUAUAUAAAUAAAUAAAAAAAACAAUUCAAUUUCUAAUAUUUAAAAAGUUGAAGAAAGAAGCAAUAGUAUUAAUAAUAAUAAUAAUACUAAUACUAAUAACAUUAAUAAUAAUAUUAUUAAUAAGAGAAUAUAAUCUGCAAAUAAAAAUUUUCAAUUGAUUAUUUCAUCAACAAGCAACAAAGAGGAUUUAUUAAUUAAAAGUACAUAAUCCACUCAAAAUUGUAUUUAAAAAGUACUUACUAAGGAAACAAAGUUAGAUAGAAGUCUGAAAGGAAAGAUGCCAAUUACUUUUGAUGGAACUAAAAAAUUUUUAAAGCAAUUUUUAUGA